AUGAUCUCCAACAUCAACACCCUAACCACAGCGGAGCUGCUUGGCAGCUUCCCACCGCUGAGCGGCGCGGAGGCCCGCGCUCUGGGUGCCACCAACACGACCCUUGACAAGACCAACGUGACAGCAUACGUUUAUGCCGGCGAUGACAUUGUCAGCGGCUGGCUAGCCGGCGUCCACCAUUGGGAGGCCAAGGACGUGGAGGAGAUGGUCUAUGCAAUGGGCGCCCCAGUGCCGCAGUCACCCGGUGACCUCGCUCACCCAGACAGAUGGAAGCCACCGGCGGCGCCGUUUGUGGCGGACGUUGGGGGCAACGUGGGGACGUUCCUGCUCAACGCGGCAGCCAGGGGCGCGGUCGUCGCGGCCUUUGAACCUAUGGCCAACAACAUUGCCCUGCUGAGGGCGUCCCUCUGCGCCAACCCCUGGCUCAUGGACCGUGUCGCGCUGUAUGGCACAGGCCUGAGCACCAAGGCCUCGAAGUGCAAAAUUUACAGCGACACGAGCAACCGGGGCAACGGGAUCACAGACUGCGAAAAGACGGAGGAGCAGGUCAUUGCCUGGUUCAAGUCGGAGUUCAACAUCACCGCCGCGGUUCGUGGCUCCAUCACCACAAUGAGGCUCGACUCAAUCAUCGAUCACGACGUCCAGGUCAUGAAAAUGGAUGUGGAGGGGUACGAGAGCGAAGUGCUCAAGGGAGCGCACGGCCUGCUGACUAAGCACAACGUAUGGCACAUCAUGACCGAGGUCAAUUACGGACUGCUCAAGGCAGAGGGCCAGGCAGCAUUUCUCAAGCUGAUCAAUGACCUGGGCUAUUACAUAAGCUCCAUAAGCUUCAAGGGCCCUUUCCACAAUGUGGCUGCCAUCGAGGCGUUGAUGCCCACAGGGCUCCACUCUCCCAACAUCUACUGCGUCAAGAAGACGCUGCAGGACCGCGGCCGCCCCGCCGGCGCCGGCGAGAAGGACGCGGCCCCGUCCCCUUCACCCGCGGCCGCGGCGGGGCGGCGGAUGGCGGGCUGGGGGCCACAGCGCCGCACCCAGGCGUGA